GCACGUUACACAUUUCCUUUUGUCCAAUCGAAUGUAGCGUUGUUUAAUGUCCGCAAGAUUCGAAUGAAAAAUCUAUCACGGACAGGAAAGUAAACAGAUGAUCAUGGCAGGAACGCAGGAAAAGAAGAUUCCAGCCCUAGGCAAAAGUCGAUUGCCGACAUUUAGUGCUAAAAAACGCGCCCGAAGUCCAGAUGAGAAUACCACACGGCCAGUUGCUACUGAGAAAAGAAGAAAGUUACUGAGUGCAUCUACAGAAAACCUGCAUGACAGAAGUAUCCAGUCAGCUGGUAAUACAAGCCUGAAUCGUAGCUUCCGUCCCAGUAACAGCACAGGGAGCUUACGAACCAGCUCCGCCCUCAACAAGACAACAACAGCUGUGGUCAGACCCACAACUAAGCAAGCAUCAAAACCAGGUGUUGGGUCAGCUUCCAAGUCAAGUGUAGGGAGCAAGAAGCCACCUGUGGCCUCCACUGUUCCAAAGGCAGCAGGAAACAAAGCUAAGCGUCCAGCAUGGGACUUGAAAGGUCGCUUACAGGACAUGGAGGAGCUGUUAAAUCGACAGUCAUCCAAGCGUGAUAGCCUGGAGUCACAGUUACAGGACUACAACAGUCGCAUUGCUAGUCUGGAGUCGGAGAAAAAUCGACUCUACGGAGACGUCCAAAGCAAGGAGCAAAUUGUUCAUGGAGCCUCAAAAAAAAUUGAAGAAUAUCAGAAACAAAUACGGGAACAAGAGGCAAACUUUGAGCAGACAAAGAGGAAGCUACAGACAGAAUUAGAUAGCAUCACGUUUCUGAAGGAGAGCAUACAGAGACAGAAGGAGUCACUGGAGGGGGAAGUCAGUGCUAAAACUGUGGAAGUCGCCGGCCUCAAGACCACUGUUGCCGAGCUCCAGACCGCUCAAGUGGGCAUAGCCGCCCAACUUGACGCCACUAAGAUCAGUUUAGAACAGUCUGUGAGUGCAGGCAGAGAGAAAGACAAGGAGAUCUCUGAACUCAAACAAAUGAUGGCAGCCAUGCAGGAUACAAUAGAGAAAUAUAAGAUCAAGGAACAGGAGCACGAGACCAUGAGGAGGAAGCUGCACAACACUAUACAGGAGCUGAAGGGAAAUAUCCGGGUGUUUUGUCGAGUGAGGCCACUGUUAGGAGAGGAAUUACUAGGAAGUGACGGAACGAUAAACCACAUGGCCUUCCCCGAUGCAGACUCUAAAAUACUAGAGUUAGAAAAAAUUUCUGAUGCAGGUCUCAAUGAGAGCUGCCUGACAGCAAACAGAAAAGGAAACAAUAAGUAUGAGUUUGCCUUUGACAAGGUAUUCAACCCAGACAGCACACAGGGACAGGUGUUUGAGGAAAUCUGCCAACUUGUACAGAGUGCCCUGGACGGCUACAAUGUCUGUAUUUUUGCCUAUGGACAAACUGGUUCUGGUAAGACCUUCACAAUGGAGGGACCCUCCCAGUUCAGCCCCGAGCAGACAGGGAUGAUCCCCCGUGCUGUGGUGCAAAUCUUCGAGAGUACGCAGGACCUAAUUAGCAAGGGCUGGCAGUAUGAAUUUGAAGCUUCUUUCUUGGAAAUUUACAAUGAGACGAUCCGAGAUCUCCUAGGAAACAACAGCGAUGACCAGAAACAUGACAUCAAAAUGACAGGCUCCGCUGACAAGAAGGAUGUCAUGGUGACCAAUCUGACCACUGUCAUGGUUACAUCAGAGGAUCAGGUGCAUGAGUUGUUACGAAAGGCUUCACACAACCGAGCUGUUGCUGAGACAAAGUGCAACGAGAGAUCGUCUCGCAGUCACAGUGUGUUCAGACUCAAGAUCUCAGGAGUCAACAAACAUACCCAAGAGGCUUGUAUAGGAACCUUGAACUUGGUGGAUUUGGCAGGAAGUGAGAGAUUAAAGGACUCAGGCUCUGAGGGGGCUCGGCUGAAGGAGACUCAGGCCAUCAACAAGAGUCUGAGUACCCUCAGUAAAGUCAUCAUGGCCAUCGCAAACAAGGAUGGGUACAUCCCGUAUAGAGAGUCCAAGCUGACCUACCUCCUCCAGAACUCCCUGGGGGGUAACAGUAAGACCCUCAUGUUUGUGAACGUGUCCCCCAAAGAGGAGUGCUUCCAGGAGACACUCAACUCCCUCAGAUUUGCCACAAAGGUCAAUCAAUGUAAUAUUGGCACAGCACAAAAGAAGGCAAAAUAAAGAUGCUGCAUAUUAUUUAACUAAAUAUAAUUAUCUACUGGAAUAUAUUAGAAUUGUGAAUUCUUUAGUUUAAAAUGUAAAUUUGCAUGUCAGGCAAACAUCCUUGGAAAACUACAACAAAUGAUUGAUGACUCUAACAAAUUUUUGGGAACUCCAUUAAUCAACCAAGUUUUAAACAUGUACAGUUUUCUUUAGAUUUUAUGUGUAUGAACCUUGCUUACCAGUAAAGACUUUUAGAGAAACAAGAUGGAUGUAGAAAUUGUUUUAACUUUAUCAGAUGAUUUUAAUAAUGAACCUGUAUUCCUGAAAUUUGAUAUUAAAUGUAGUAGGAAGUGUACAGACUUGUCCUCAAGUACAAUUGAUAGACGUACAUCAUUUUUGAUGUACAUUAUUUUCUCUUUUUCUUUUCUUUCUUUCUAUCCCUCUGUCGUAUGACUUGUGUCAUCAAAACCAAAUAAAUCAUUUUAGA